CAUCUUUUCCACUCAUGUUAGGGACUUGGGUUUCACUGAUGCUCUUGAUACGAAUAUCGCACAAACGAAAACCCUAGCGGCCACAGAGUGAGAGCCAUUCCGACUGAGAGCUUCUGAUUUCGGAAUUUAAUCCAAUUAUGGCUGAUGUUGAGACAGACGUGGCGGCGGCUGGACUGCCUAAGAAGAGGACAUUCAAGAAGUUCAGCUUCAGAGGCGUUGAUUUGGAUGCUCUCCUCGAUAUGUCCACAGAUGAGCUCGUGAAGCUCUUCCCUGCUCGUGCUCGCAGAAGGUUUCAGAGGGGUCUCAAGAGGAAGCCCAUGGCCCUGAUCAAGAAACUUCGCAAGGCGAAAAGGGAAGCUCCCCCCGGUGAAAAGCCAGAACCAGUCAGAACCCACCUGCGAAACAUGAUCAUCGUCCCUGAGAUGAUUGGAAGCAUCAUUGGGGUGUACAAUGGCAAGACCUUUAACCAGGUUGAAAUCAAGCCUGAAAUGAUUAGUCAUUACUUGGCUGAGUUUUCAAUCUCAUACAAGCCUGUUAAGCACGGCAGACCUGGUAUUGGUGCUACCCACUCUUCGAGGUUCAUUCCUCUUAAGUGAAGUCUUUCUGGCAGUCUUCUUGUUUUUGUUCAUGAAAGACGGUCUUGUUAUUUUAGUUCAUAACCAUGUUUGGGAAAACAUUUACUUUGAUCAAAUUUUGUGCUACUAUCCUAGAUGGUUGAUGACUUCUUA